AUGGGUGUUCCAGCUGGCAAUGCGGAGAACGGAAAGAAGAUUUUCAUGCAAAAAUGUGCCCAAUGUCAUCCGAUUGAGAAGGGUGCUCGUCAUAAGGUUGGACCAAACCUGCAUGGUGUAGUUGGACGAAAGAGUGGUUCACUCGGGGAUUAUAAAUAUACGGAUGCAAAUAAAAGUAAAGGUGUAACUUGGACUGAAGACGCAUUAUUCGAGUACUUGCAGAAUCCGAAGAAAUACAUACCAGGCACAAAAAUGGUAUUUGCGGGAAUCAAGAAGGCCGAAGAACGAGCCGAUGUUAUUGCGUUUUUAAAGAGCGCGAAGUAA